UUAAAUAAGGAGCAUGUACAGUAAUGCGUAGUUUUGUUAACUCCUUAUGGCCUCAAGAAGACCAUAAACGCCACUCGCUCUAAGCAUUUGUUCACCAGAGGCUGCAUCCCAUUAAGUGCCCUAACGACCUUCAUGCUUCAUGCUGGAAUUUGGUGCAGCCUUUAAGCCCCCUGAACACCCCUGAGCUUCCCUCGGUGUGAUGGAUGCAGAGGUGGUUCUGCAGGAGGAGGACUCGUGGUCCUUGCUGUCCUUGAUGGCGUCCUGCCUCAUGGUGUUCGGGGGAGCGCUGCCCUAUGUGCCACAGUACCAGGAUAUCCAGAGGAGCAGCAACAGCGAGGGCUUCUCCACGAGAGUCUGCCUGGUGCUGCUCAUAGCCAACAUCCUGCGCAUCUUCUUCUGGAUAGGGAAGCAGUUUGAGAUCACCCUGCUGCUCCAGAGUGUGGUGGUGAUCUUCACCAUGUUUGCUAUGCUCCACCUUUGCUGCACGGUCCAAAACACCAACCGAGUGAGCACCAAGCAACACCGACUUUCAGACUUGGACUUUCGCUACUUCUGGAAGUGGAGCGCGUUCGAGGACUACCUGCUCUUCUGCUUCGGCUUCACCGUGCUGUGUGCAGUCAUCACCCUGCUGCUGCUGGACUCUGCCUUGUUUGUGGAGACGCUGGGUUCCCUCGCCGUGAUGUUUGAGGCCAUGCUGGGCUUCCCGCAGCUGCUGCAAAACUUCCACAACCGCUCCACCAAAGGCAUGAGUGUGAAGAUGGUGCUGCUGUGGACGGCCGGCGAUGUCUUCAAGACCACCUACUUUGUGAUGAACGAAAGCCCGACUCAGUUCUGUGUUUGCGGUUCAGUCCAGAUCGUAAUCGACGUGGCCAUCCUGCUGCAGGUCCUUUUGUACAGCCAAGACACACGGGUCAAGCUAGGUUGAACACGGCUGCUGCUAGGGUGUUCAUUUUCUAAGAGUCUGCUCAUUUAAGGCUUUUUAAUAAAAUCAGCUGCAAAAAUGAUGCAAUCAUCAUCAUCAGGGACAUUUAGCAUCAAGAACAUCAUGCAGACACAAACAAUGUAUCUUCAAGUACAACUGCCUUGAUCAAACUACUUAGCAUUUUCAGUCAAGCACUAACAACCACACCUUUGCCUUCACAUUUGUAUUAAGACAAGGCAGUGUUUUGGUGCAUUCUACACUAUUUAUUUGUUCUCUGUUAAACAUUAGCUGAAGUGAGAGGGAAACAUUACUCACAUUGGCAGCUCACUCACGGCAGGUCUGCGCUGCUGUAUUGGCAGCUGUAGCAACCAGUCCUGCACCAGUAGCCCUGCACUGGAGUCUACUGCCUGACGGAUGAGCCUCCCACUUCACACUCCGCACCUCAGUGGACUGUUUGCAUGAUACACUGUCUGUCAGUGUGUGUUUGGGUGUAGCAUGGUUGCUGGAGUGUCUGUGCAGCCCAAAUUGAUUUUUUUUUGCCGUUGGCAUCCAAGCCAAGACCGCAGAACGAACACAAAGUAAUGGUAACUACAUAGGACAUCAAUCUGUGUGUUGUGACCCUGCUUUGUGGUUUAUGUGACAAGCAGGUGUUCCUCUAAGUUUGUGAAGAAAAAUGAAAAAGAUGCUGCAAUGCUUUGCUCUGUAACUCAAUCACAAAAUAUUCUGUAGACACAAACAAACACGACGGACUGAUUCAGAUUGAAAUAAGUAACGUAAUGUAACAGUAUUACUAAAGGUUUGUGGCAUUUGUCAUUUCUAACACGUGUCCUCAUCCCAUUAUGUUUAGCAUCCCAUUAUCUGAUGAUUCUGUGAUUUAUUUUUGCUCUUUCGAAAAUCACUCUUGUGCGUUGAGACAGCAACAGUAACAUCAGCCGGGAUAUUAAGUGUUUUACCUUGAUCUUUUAUUUAACACAUUUAGUGUAAACUCCCAUCACCCACUGGGAGAAUUGGUUUAGUGCUUGAUUUACCUUCAGGGACUGUAUGAAAAUGAUUGGUGUGUGGAGUGGGGCUAAACCAUAAGUUUCACUUUUUGCAAAAGGAAGUCCCUCCGCAGCAGUAUUAAUAUUUUCUUUGGACCCAUCCUUUGAAUUAAUAAACAAAAGAAAACAUUAACAUCCUCCCCCAAUAUCUCAAAUCAGUAUUGAACAAUACUAAAUUGGUGGUACUCGUUUAAUUGUGUGCCCACAUGUAAAACAUAUAUUUUUAUGGAACUAUCUUAAAAAGCCACAUGGCUGCAUUUAUAUGCAUUUUUUAUUUUUAUUUUUAAACGGGCUGGUAAUAAAUUACUUGUUACUGCUGUAAGUUUGCCACUGUGUUCUGAGGGAAUUGAAUAAAAUAUAAAUCCAGGGAGAAAAUAAACACAAGAUCACUCCAUGCUCUCCCAGAAAGUCAAAAGACCCUCCCUUUAACCAAAAAUAAAAAACACCCUCUCCCUUUUCUGACCCUGACUUACCCAAAUCAUUUGUGUACAGUCCCUUUGAUUAGAAUAUUUAGUUUCCCUUAGUGUUUGGUCAUUCCCAUCUUUAAUGCCUUUAUUCACCAAUUAAACAGAGGAGUGUUUCUGUAAUGCAUGUCAUUACAGAAACACGAAGCCUUGUUCCCCCACUCCAGCCUUCCAAAAUGCAAACAAUGUUCACAAAUAUUUUAUUAAGAAGUUCUGUUUAUAAUCCAAAACACUUAUUUAAAAGUGUUGCCUCAUCAGACGAGCUGUGGUUCUUUCACCUGUCUUUUUAGUCGGCUGUGAAAAUUAUUGCUGCAAGAUGAAACUGAUCAGCAUCAGCAGCAGAUCAGCAGUCAGCUCAGGUUUAUUUCCCCCUCCCCCUGGGAACGAUUUAAUUAAGUAGUACCUGCUUAUCAAGUCUUUCGUUCAACUUUUUAACUUAAUACUUUUAACACUUGCUGUAUCUAUUUUUUAUUUUGCCUCAGUACACAUUCUGUUUGAAUUACACACUGCAGUGCUUGUGGUUCAUGGUGCAGACAGCCUCCUCCUGUAGCUGCCACUGUGCUAAAGGAACACAUUUGUGAAGGCAGCAGAAUUGCAUCUCAGUGUAUUUCAGUGUUAUCCUCAGGGUCAGCAUGUGGAAAAUAUAUACAUGAAAGAGAAUUUUAAUAAAAUUCUGAAUUGAGUUUUCAUAAACUGACCAUGCAUAAGAUCCUUCUAAAUAUACCAGUGACUGAGUGUCAGUCGUUCCUCUGCUUUGAUAUCACAUCAGGCUUAAGGGGGUUUAAUUAUCAAUCAUUAAAGCAAUCAUUUUAGGGAUUGGGCUAUUUCAACAGCUGGUUAGCUUAGCAUAUGGUCUGGAAAUAGGGAAACAGCUAACAGGGCUCCGGUCAAGAUAUAGUACAGCACAUAACCCCCGCCCCGUAGAACGGCUAAUGGUCAUGUUUGGAGGUUGUAGUAUGCUGGAUUUGUUACUGUUGGACACAGUCAGGCUAGCUGUUUCCAGUCGUUAUGCUAAGCUAAGCUAACUGACUGCUGGCUCUUGCUACAUAUUUGCUGUACAGACAUGAGAGUGGUAUCAUUCUUAUAUAAUUGUCCUCAAGAAAGUGAAUAGUAAUAAAAUAUAAGCGUAUUUCUCAAAAUGUCAAACUAUUGUUUAAUUUAAAGGUUUUGUUGAAAGUUUUAUUGUCGAUCAUUGUAAAUCAUUACAAGGUCACAGGCCAGAGGAGAGUCUAACUCCCCAUUCUGUGUUUGUAUAUAUAUCCAUUCACGUCAUCUGUGUGUGUAUGUUUGUGUACAAACAACAAACCUUAUUCGCAGGGGAUGUAGAAAUGUUUUAGGAUUAUGGGUUUGAUUCAGUCAGGGUUUUUCUGCUGCUGCUGUAUUACAUGUCUACUAUUUUUUGGGAUCGGUCAAAAUGACAUUUAUAGAAGUGACCGGGUUACUGAUUGACUUUUCUGAUGCGGCUCAUGCAGCAAGCGUUUAGCUUUAUUCUUCUGUGACCUUCCAUUGUGUCAUUCACUCCAUGUGGGUAUACAUACAUUAUUCUCUCUCUGUAAGCUGCCAUAUUGAAAGCUGUAUGUGUCUUAUCUCCUGUACCCAGCGUACCACAGUUGUAUUGAAAUUGCAAUAUUUCUGUAUGCUAUAUGCUCUUAUCACCAGAUGUGUAUCUUUAUAUCAUCUCUCGGUAGAGGCUCAGAACUGCCCCCUCCUGGGAUUUAGUUUAACAUUUGGGCUCCCUGUAGCAUUUUUAUUCUCAAGGGCAAUGUGAUAGAUUGGCACACACACUGCCUGGUCGUGAUAAUCUCUCCACCGAGUUCACAUUACGGUAGACGUACAUGUUGCCUUAACACGGAUAACAAAUAGGUGGUUUGUCAUUUCUGACGAGAGAGAGAGAGAGAGAGAGACUGUUACUUCUACCAGAUGCAAGAGAUACAUAUUUCAUGUGACAUGAAACAAUUUAUUAAUUAGUCACAACAACAAAAAAGUCCAUUGAAGGAUUUGGGUGAAUUUGAGUUACUGUUUGAAUGCGAUGUUUCUUCAGGUGAUGUGUUUACAGGAUCUACGAAACCAAAGAGUAAUUGUUGCCUUUUAAAAGUAUUUUAAAGUGUAUCAGAUCAAUUAAAUGUUGUGUAACAAUAUGAUGGUUGUGACAGUAUACACGAGUGACAUCACAUAUUUCAAUUGUAUGUAUGUGAAAUAUUUAUCAUGAUAUUUUCUCAAAUAUAAACUGUUUAUAUUUCA